AUAAAACAGCAAGAGUGAACGGGCAGACAGCACAGCUCCACCGAACAACAGGCCGCUCCGGACUCGGCUCCACUGUCAGCUUUCUCCAGCGGCCAUGGCAGCAGUACCUGAACUCGCCAGUGAGAUGAUGGCUUACUACAGUGGCAACGAGAAUGACCUGUUCUUUGAGGCUGAUGGCCCCAGACAGACCAAGUGCUCCUUCCAAGACCUGGACCUCAGCUCUCUGGGCGAUGGGGCCAUCCAGCUGCAAGUCUCCCAGCAGCUCCACAACGCAAGUUUCAGGAAGAUUGUAUCGGUCGUAGUGGCCAUGGAGAAGCUGAGGAAGGUGCCCAUUGUCUUCUCCCAGGACUUCCAGGAUGACGACUUGAGGAGCCUCUUUUUCCUCAUCUUUGAAGAAGAAACCAUCAGCUGCUUGUGGGAUGACACUUACGUGUGUGAUGCGCCCCUGCAGUCGCUGAACUGCAGACUCCAGGACGUAAACCAUAAAGCGCUGGUGCUUUCCGGGCCACAUGAGCUACAGGCUGUUCACCUCAAUGGACAGGAUGUGAGCCAGCAAGUGGUGUUCUGCAUGAGCUUUAUGCCAGGAGAAGAAAAUAACAAGACACCUGUGGCCUUGGGCAUCAAGGAAAAGAACCUGUACCUGUCUUGUGUGAUGAAGGAUGACAAACCCACCCUACAGCUGGAGACAGUAGACUCCAAAGGUCUGUCUAAGAAGAUGGAAAAACGGUUUGUCUUCAACAAGACGGAAAUCAACAGUAAGGUGGAAUUUGAGUCAGCCCUAUACCCCAACUGGUACAUCAGCACCUUGCAAGAGGAACAGAGGCCCGUCUUCCUAGGAAAUCAAAAAGGUGGAAAGGACAUAACUGACUUCACCCUGGACAUCCUCUCUCGCUAGAGACCUAUACCUAGAGUGCCCACAUGUGCUAAGUAACAGGCUGCAGAAGGAACAGAGGGUUUGGACGUGGUGCCGGCUGCAUGUCACUGAGGCUAGGUCAACACCCGGCUGCCUUCCCUACACUGAUGCUCAGGACGCCACCAGCCAGAAGGAGCGCCCAUCCUGCAGGGCCGGUCCUUAGAGCCCUGGCCAAGGCGGGCGCCUUUCGCCUGCCUACUCACACAAGGCCAGCCUGGCAGGAGCCACCGCACAUUUGGCCCAAAGAAACCCUGUGUCUUCUGCACCCAGCCCCUGAUGAGCAAGCACUUAACUAUCUAUUUAUUUAUUUAUUGGUGGGUUCCUCUAUUUAAUUUAGAAGCAACGGUAUCUAUGAAAGAAAGAGCCCAGUUUUCAGCACCCAAGGAACCAAUUUAAUUUGGACAAAUGUGCUGGCUUUAUAUGAAGUCCUUUUACCAGGCUGAAAACAAAUAAGCUCAGAUUAUUUUAACAGGAAUAUUUGUAAAUGAGGAAGUAUAAUCAUACUGAUUCAAUGAUUUU